GUUACUUCCGGUGUAAUAUUUUCUAUGGAAGUGUUGUCAUUAGAAUUCUGCGACUUUUAAUCCUUAUUUCUCCACAUGUGAUGGGAUUUUGAUGAAAUUUCCUUUCUUAGUAGAAGACUGGUAAAAGGGACAUGCCAGAUACUAAAGAGAGGCCAAGUGAAGAUAUUUCCUCCAAGUCACCUACACACAGCAUUCAGGAGGUGUCUUCUAAGCCUCCCCCGGGCCCCUCGUCCGUCUCCACCAAGAAGGGCCCUCAGCCAGCUCAGGGUGGGGACUCCAUCAAAUAUGGAGAGCUCAUUGUCCUGGGGUACAAUGGGCACCUGCCUAGUGGUGACAAGGGGCGCAGAAGAAGCAAGUAUAUUCUGUGGAAGAGAUCCCGAGCAAAUGGCGUCAAGCCCUUCCGUAAACAUCUUGUCACUAGUCCCCAGUCCUCCAAGGCGGUACAGGAUAGUGCCCAGCACUCGGUCUCUUACACUCUCUCUAGGAACAAGGCUGUCAUAGUGGAGUACAAGCAGGAUGAGGAUACCGACAUGUUUCAGAUUGGCCGAUCUUCCGAGAAUCCAAUUGACUUUGUUGUCAUGGAUACCAUUCCUGGGAAUCAGCGAGGAACCACAGAAAACAUAACUCAGAGCACAAUAUCCCGGUUUGCAUGUAGGAUACUUGUGGACAGAAACCCACCAUACACAGCCAGGAUAUAUGCUGCUGGAUUUGAUUCAGGCAGAAAUAUUUUUCUGGGUGAGAAGGCAGUCAAGUGGUAUGCGGGAGAGGAGAUCGACGGCCUGACCACCAACGGUGUGUUCAUCAUGCAGCCGACGGGGGGCUUCACGCCUUCUGCCAAACCUGGCGUGUGGCGGGAGGUGUCUGUCGGUGGAGGGGUGUUUCCACUCCGAGAAUCUCGGCCUUCACCACUUAAAAGUUGUCAGAUAUUAGAAGAGGACAACAUCCUGCGUGACGGAACGCUAGUUGACCUGUGUGGAGCGACACUUGUGUGGAGAUCAGCCCUGGGUCUCAUCACCUCACCUAGUGAGCAUGAGUUUGAACACAUGGUGCGACAGAUCAAUGCUGGCCGGCCUCAGUGCCCAGUUGGCCUCAACACUCUAGUGUUGCCGACACGAGGCUCGCUCAACCUGCGAGAGAGGCAACCCUACGUGUAUCUCAAGUGUGGCCACGUCCAUGGGAAGCACGAGUGGGGACAACAGGAUGCAGAUGACACUCGGACAUGCCCUCUUUGUCUUACUGUGGGACCCUUCGUGAAGCUGCAGAUGGGAUGUGAGUUGAGCCUGUACGUGGAUGCCGAGUCUCCCACCUAUGCAUUCAUCCCAUGUGCACAUGUGGCCUCGGAAAACACAGUCAGAUACUGGUGCCUUGUGGCUGUGCCGCACGGUUGCCAUGGUUUCCGAGCAAUCUGCCCCUUCUGUGCCACACCUCUUGCAUCUGACCCCGGCUAUGUGAAGCUCAUCUUCCAGGAUCACACUGACUGAUGUUAACUGCAUUGCUGUUGUGUGGGUGGCAGCAGGACCAGGCCGCCAGGCCCCCUGUUUGUCUGUGUGUCUGUGUGUCUGUCGGUACUUCUGCGUUGGCCCUGACUGGCUCAGGGUGGGUAUGACUGGUUAUCUAAGUGUGUUAAGGAGUAAUUACAACUGUAUAGUGAGUAAUAGCUUAGCUAGAAUCUACCUCCCUACUUUGCGUAGGUGACAGACGGUUCAGUGUGUUGUGUUGCUGAACCAGUAUUUUCCCACUGCAUAAAUUCACAUUCAAUGACAUGUGUAUGGUUCCACUAAGGACAUUUAACAGACUUAUCUCUAGCAUGAUGAUAACACGCUUGUCUGUGCACAGGAAUUUUCAAAGAAAAUAGACUCUGCACUAUUAUAUUGUUACCAUGGUUACAGGUGAUGAGCAUAUGAUCAAAAGUAACAUGUUGAAUUCCAAUUCAAUAUGCUAUUCUCCUCAUUCAUAUAUAAUAUAUAUUAUACUUUGGUAAUAACCAAACUACAGAGAUUGUCAAAAUCGUUUUGCCAAAACGACUGCUGUAUGUAUACCAGGUGCUGGUGAAAAUUGAUGUUGAUGUGCAGCCACCAUUAAGUAAAAGUUUGGGGCAACUUAGCCCUGGUUAGGGGUUGGGUGUAAUGACAGAAAGUCGACACAUCUUCAUAUGCAACUUAGAUAUAAAAUCCAUGUGGUUUCUUUUUCACUAGUGUCUUUGAGCGUACUUGACCCCAUUUCUGUCAUAUGUCCCCAAAAUAGUCUGACACAAUAGGAACAAAAUUAAGUCAGGCCACAAUAAAUUGAUUGACACUGCAGCAGACGUGAAAAGGCUGACAGUAAUUUUUACAAGAUUGUAUUUCUUGAAAUGACUAAUUCCUUUUUAAUGCUUUUUGAGGGAUAUUUGGAGAUUAGUUCGGUCAUUUGAGCUACAGAAUAAAAUAAUAUUAAUCAGUUUCUUGUGGUCUUAAGAAUUUGAUUAUGUCUCAGACAUUCUUUAAGACUAAUCAUAUGUAAACCUUCAAGUAAUCAUCUUGACCUGUUACAUUGCUGUUAUAGUACUGAUACAUAAAGGUACUUAGUGACACAGUUGUCCUUUGUGAAGGUUACACUUCAAGGUGAUCUUGGUACACCUGUACUUCAACUAUUCAAACCCUAUUCUGGUUACCUAGGCCACCAGACUGAUAGAUAACCAGUAUUAUAUCCCAGUGGACAAAUUUAUAUUGCUUCCAGUACACUAGAUGUGAAUGAUAGAGGUCAUUAUCAGUUGUUGGAUAUAUCAUCGAUGUUAUUUUGUAAAGGGCCAACAGUGAAGGAAUGUAUUUUUUUUUCAGUGUUUGUAUUCAAUAACAUUUUAUAGAAUGAAAGUUUUUUUAGAUUUGUAUAGUUAAUGAACCUUCUAUCCUCAGAUUUGGGGUAUUUCCUUUAUUUGUUUGUAAUGUAAUUUAACCUUUUACAAAGGACAAGGUACGAUAAGUGUCUCUUUGGGCCAAAAGGAUCUGCAUAAUUUUCAGAAUGGGGCAAAUCUUUUAGAAAUUGUUAUGAGAACAUAACUUUGUUCAUUUCAUUUCAAUAAUUGCUUUUUUGUUACUUACGACAACACAACAAACAAAUAGUGCAUUGUGACACCUUUUCUUGUGUCCAAAAGACUGAUAUUAACGGUUGUCAUGAAGCAUUUUUCUAAUAUUUGAACAAAUCUUUUACCCUAGCUGAUUUUCAUAGAUGUAAUGAACUAACUCCUACUUUUCAUACACUUUCAUUUGAAGUUCUAAAACUGUAACUUUUUUGUUUGUUUUAGCCAUAUUUGUGUAUUUGACUAUGUCAGAAGUCCAAGAAAGUUUACAAAGAAAAUGAGCUAGUUGUCAGCCAUUUGAACAUGUCUGAUACUUUUCAUACCAAUAUUUGAAAGUUUUCAGCAACUUUAAGACUUAACAUGGGCCCAAAGGGGCCAAAAAGGGCCCUUAUCAUACCUCUUCCUUUGAUAGCAGGAGUUCUUGAUAACCAAGUCACAACACCGCUAUACUGUAUCUUAAGCUUUCAUUCUGAUGGUUCCUUCAGAUGGAGAUUUACAUCAGAUGGGGAUGUAUCUUCUAAGAUAACAGCCUGUCCUGAUAGGUGUGGUCUUGUGAACAGUUUGUUGUCUACUGGGUUACUUUCAGUGUAGCAGAGGAGUCUUUUGAAACUCUUCAGUUUCUUCAACAUCUUUGGAGAUAAGAAUCCUUACGACUGUUCUUUCAAGAUUACAUUCUAGCAUGUCAUAUAAUAUGGGAAAUCUACCUUGUUGGUUUCAUGUCAUCGUACCCAGACUAUGUGAGACAGUGGUCAUAAUAUCAUCCACCAGUUUCUCUGACCUGACUUCAUAAUUUACAUCUGGUUAUGAUAGGUUAUGAUAUAGCUGACUGUGGUUUAACACAACAAAUAUUCAUCUUUUUACUGUUAGAGUAGAAUCGUAUGGGCAUUAUAUUAGGUAGGUGAGUCUUGAAAUGUUCCACUGAUAGAGAGGGAUGGAACUAUAUCUUCAUAUUCUACACGACUGCCAUGAACUUGGGCAUUUCAUUGGAUAUAACCACCGUUACUUUGGAUAUAACCACUGUUACUUGGGAUAUAACCACUGUUACUUGGGAUAUAACCACUGUUACUUGGGAUAUAGCCAGGUAUUUUGGAUAUAACCACUGUUACUUGGGAUAUAACCACUGUUACUUUGGAUAAACCACUGUUACUUUGGAUAUAACCACUGUUACUUGGGAUAUAACCACUGUUGCUUUGGAUAUAACCACUGUUACUUUGGAUAUAGCCAGGCACUUUGGAUAUAACCACUGUUACUUGGGAUAUAACCACUGUUACUUUGGAUAUAACCACUGUUGCUUUGGAUAUAACCACUGUUACUUGGGAUAUAACCACUGUUGCUUUGGAUAUAACCACUGUUGCUUUGGAUAUAACCACUGUUACUUGGGAUAUAACCACUGUUACUUUGAUACUUUUCCUUGCCACACUUCCUGUGGCCUAGGGUAUAAAUCCUUUAUCCAUGUACUAUGCUUGCUCAUAUAGUCCCUAAGACAGUGAUUGUCUUCUAUUCCUGUAUACUUUGUUGCAAUGCCUGCUGGGGCAGAAAUGACCACAUAUCACAAUAGCACUAUUGGAAACAUAUCAUGAUAAGCCACAUUUAGUAAAAACAAAAACAAAUUUGCACACACAUUUAGUAUGGGUGCUUUGAAGAUCAGAACAAAAUGCUAUGGAUCAAGAGUUAUUUCAGUGACUUAUUGUUAUUACAGUAAUAGGCCAUCAAUAUUUUCUGUGUACUUCUCAUCUCCAUGCUCAGCCUCAGAGCAAAGAUUUCCACCUGCCUUCUUUUGAGAAUACAAUAUAUGUUAUCUGUUGUAUAAGAUAUGUGAAAAUAGGUUCACAAUUAUGUGCUCAUUAACUGGAAAGGGGGCGGGGUGACCUCCCUUUCCCAAAUUCCUUCUGAUAGAAUAUAGCAAGUUUGUUAAUAAAAGAUUGUUAGUGGCAGAUCAAAAUAUUAAGGUUGAUGUAUGGCUGGAGAUAAAGCCAUUUUUUUCAAUGUGAAGCGGAACAGUAAUUUUGGAAUAGAGGGCAUGAUAUACAUACAAAAAUAUACAGGACACAUUUGGAUGGGGGAAAAAGUAAUAUACAGAAAUAUUGCUGAAUGAUACUGCUGUGUUCAACUACUUCAUGUCAACAAUAGGAGUCAGUAGGUGGAAUCCUAUCAUGACUGUCCACUAGACUGCCAAACUUUCUCUUGUUAUCUCUGGGCGACAUUUGCAUGCCCAGCACAUGCUUCCUUUUGUACUAAUUCCUGUUAUACUUGCCAUCGGUUUAUAAAGAUCAAUGUGAAAUGGUAUGCUCUGUCAAGUUGAGAAUAUGGUUUGUUUUGACCAGGCUAGAGAGCAUAUUUUGCUCCUUUCUCAAAGAUAUCGACCAGAUAUUUGCUGAAGAAAAGUCUUUAGUGUCCAGUUUCUACCUUGGCUUUCUUCAAACAAUGUAUCAAGAUCUUUUAUUUCAUUCAGAUUGAUGCAGGAGCAGGAAGCUCUAAGUACAUUACCAUGGUUACCAGCACAUGUAUUUCUAUCACUAGAGAACUGAAGGUAGAAUACUGAAUUAAUAAAAAAAUGCAUGAUUGCAUAUUAGUCUAACCUGAAAAAUGAGAAAACAAAAUAUUGUUUCAGGGGCCUAAGAGCAAAAAAUGAGCUUUCCUAUAUUGAUUCUGAGUAUUUGUGGAUCCAGCAGAAUGUCCUACAGUAAUACAUAUCACUGUCCUGUUACUUCAUAGAAAUGACUUUUCCAUGUUUGUUUAGUUUUCUUAUAGCGCAAGCAAUACUUAAACUCUGACCAAUUACUUUUAUACCUUACAAUCCUUUCACCAUUGAGGCUAUUUCUCAAUAAGAUUUGCUCAAUAUCUUUGUCAUCAUUUUGCUAAGGUUUGUAUAAGUGAAAUGGAGAAAUGGCUAUUUUGUAAAACAUUUUCUUAUGUCCAUGUAUAUAUGCUUUGUAAACAUAUUGCAGCUUAUUAUAUCUUCCAAUAAUUUGAUUUAAUUUAUUUGGCAUUUAUUGGAUGUGAAGCACCAUGCCAUGCUUGCAUACACACUGUUACAGAGGUUAGGGUGAGAACAGUACAUACAUAAAGUUUUUGUAAUGUGUUAACUUUUAUGCAUACAAGGUACAGCUCUCUACACUUGCAUGACUGCACCGUAAUGGCUACAGUUUUCAGAUGAAAUACCUUGAUGAAAAUGUAUCAGUGUUUAUGUAUUAAUUUCAAUUAUUAAAAGUGUCUAUGUAUAGGAAGUAGUUUUCACGCUGAGAAAUAUAGGUAUUCCACCUGUAGUAAUUGUAAUUUGACACUGACAGUGUUAUAACUGUUUCCUGUUGCAUGAUAAACAACUGUAAGUGAGAGUUACUGAUUUCAUUUUGUGCUGUUGAUGUAAACCGUAAUUCCUUGAAUAGACGCCCAGGUAUGUAUUUAUUUCAGAGAUGUCACCCAGGGUCUAGACAAAGAUUGUGUUUAUUCAAGGCAGGCAUCUGUUUUAUAAUAAUGGUAAACUUGUCACACUUCAAUGAAGAUGGGUCAUACAAUUUGAAUAAGACGUGUGAUUUGCAUUUUGUAUUAUUACAGCUUUCGUUUCAAUAUUAUUUUAUUGAUUUCCUAAAGGAAUAUCCAUGAUUAGAAAUUUUGACCCUGCGUCUAUUAAAGUUAGGCAUUUAUAUAUUUUGCAAGUCUAUCAGACCCGGCAGUUUUCAAAGCAGAUGGGGGCAGUCGGGUAGCCUUGUGGUUAAAGUGUUCGCUCGUCACGCCGAAGACCAGGGUUCAAUUCCCGACAUGGGUACAAUGUGUGAAGCCCAUUUCUGUUGUCUCCCUGCCGUGAUAUUGCUGGAAUAUUGCUAAAUGCGGCGUAAAUUUAAACUCACUCACACUCACUCAAAGCAGGCGUCUCUUCAAGGAUGUACAGGAUGUAGCAGGGCCGUUCCACAAGCCUUCUCAGUGCUGUAGGGGAUAUAUGUGGCCCAGUCUUCCCUUAGGCAUGCCAGAAACCUAUGAUCAGGAGUUUGAAUCCCUGAUUUGCUCUGACCAAUAAUCAUGUUCCCAAGUUCGUCAGCACCAUACUUAUUCUCAUAGGUUUCACUACAGUGGUAAUAUUCAAAACUUGAGUGACUUCAGGCUUUCAUGAAAAUCAUGUUAACACCAGACUGUCCUAUAACUGAAAUAUUGUUCAGUGGGGCAGUAAAGGAAAUUCACUGACUGAAUGCUAUGACUUUUGUAUGUCUGUGAAGGUGGAGGAGUACUGCAGUCGUAGUGCUGUGAUAGCUUUAUGGAAUUACCCUGGCUUUGUAGGUCACAUGUUAGGUGGAACUGAUACCAGAUUAUCAUCUUUUUUAUAGUCUGUUAUUGAUGGGGUGGCCGGGUAGCCUAGUGGUUAAAGCGUUCACUCGUCACUCCGAAGACCCGGGUUCGAUUCCCGACAUUGGUACACUGUGUGAAGCCCAUUUCUGGUGUCCCCCGCCGUGAUAUUGCUGGAAUAUUGCUAAAAGCAGUGUAAAACCAUACUCACUCACUCUGUUGUUGACUACAAUUAGGCUUGACAAGUUAACUUGUUAUUUUAUGUUGUUUAAUUUGCAUUAGAGUACAGAAACAACUAACAAGAGGUUGCACCAUGAAAUAGCAUAUAUGUAUGUCUUUGAAUAACACCACUGACACAGCCUCAUUUAGUCUGACCAAGUUAAUCGUCUAAUGAAGUGGUAUUAUUGUCCUUCACAAAGACCAUGUUUUUUUUUUAUCUGUCUAUUGCAAACUGUCAGAAAGGUCACAAGAUUUGUUGUUUGUCAGGAUCUACUUAAGCUAUCAUGCUGAGGGGUUAUCUACUCGCUGGUUAUUCCAUUCCAUGUUUAUGUUUCUUGAGAAUCAUUGAUUAAAGAUCUUUGAUCAAGUUUCUCCUGUUGUGUUUAAUUUGAAAUGGCAUUUAUUAUACAAACAAUUUCAAUCUUGUGACAUAAAACAGCAGUGUUUGAUAGCAAGGAGGCCCUGGAGGUGUGCUGUCAUUGUACACUACUGAAAAGAAGUUAAAGAACAACCCACACACAUUUCUUUCAUAUGAGGGGCGGUCGGGUAGCCUAGUGGUUAAAGCGUUCGCUCGUCACGCCGAAGACCCGGGUUCGAUUCCCGACAUGGGUACAUUGUGUGAAGCCCAUUUCUGGUGUCCCCCGCCGUGAU